AUGAGACCACGAAAAACCCCAUCCCAGCUUCGACAGACCCACACCCACCACCCCCCUCCAGGACACUUCCCCAAACACCCAAGAAAGAGACCACACCCCAACCAGGCCACAGACAAGGCACCCCAAGGCACAGACGCGCCACCAACCCACCCCCCCCCCCCUCCCACCAAGAAGCCCAACCCACCAUCCCCCCCCAGACCCACCCAAGACCCCCCCAGGACCCAGCCACACUCCAGCACCAACCCACCACCCAGGCACCCCCCCCCCCCCAGCCCCUGCCCCCCCACCCCCACCAGCCCCCCAGCCCCACCCCACCCAGAAGACAGACCAGCCCACACCACCUCCCCCACCCCCAGCAACAAAGGACAGGACCCACAACCUCACCCCAGCCACCAGACCACCACAGACACCAAGACCUCCCACCCCCAAGACACCACCACUCAGGCUCCCCCCAAUAUCCCUACCCUCAGACACCCCACCAGAACCCCAAGAACCCCACACCCCCAGCGAACAAGGACUCCAACCCCCCCCACAGCCCACACCCCCAGACCCAAGACCCCAAGGACCACACCUCCCUCCCGCCACCCAAGACACAGACACCCCCCCAGCUACCCCCCCCACCACCAACCUCACAUAACACCCCCCUUACACCCCCCAGCCCCAGCCCACAUGCCCUCUCCAGACCAACCCCCACCCCCCCAGACCCAGGUCACACAGACCAACAUGACUCCACCCAACCCCACAUACACCACAGCCCCACCCAACAAAGAAGAGCCCCCUCUGACUACCCCCACCCCCCGACACCCCCAGACCCCCACCCUAGACCCACCCCAGACACCCCCCCCACAGCCCCCACCCCACACAACCCACACCACACCCACCCAAACCCCCCCCAACAAAGCAGACAGACCCCACCAGCCCCCCCAGGGAGGACCACCCCUCACCAGAACCCAACAACCACAACAUAGAACCCUCCCACCCACAAGACUACAAACCCACAUCCAGCCCCCCCCAAGACAGAACCUGAAGACCAAGGACCUGAUCCAGGAUCCCCACAGACACCAGACCACCAACACCACAUAUCCCUAUGCCCCACCAGCCCAAGAACCACCCACGCCAGCACAGGCCCCACCAGGCCAACCACACAGUUCCCCACAACCCACCCCACAGACCCAGGCCACCAGAUCCACAGCACCAGACAGACUCCACCAACCAAGACCACCAGCCCCCCACCCACCACACAACAACACCAAGACCACCAGCAGAGACAGACCCCCACCAGGCCAGCACCAGCAAGACAGACACUGA